CCUUUCGCUGGGAAAACCUGGCAGUUCACCCUGUGGAGAUCCAAGUUGGACACUCACCGGCCACGGAGCCUCCCGGACCGCCCUUCAAGUUUGCUUAGGAACGUCAGUCUCUUGCUUAAUUCCAGAAUCUUGGAUAGUUGCUGCUACGUUUUUCUUCUCUUCCCCUGAUGCUCUUAGAUCCAGCAGCUGUUUUCCUAGGUUCUCGUGGACAGUCGGGAAUAACCUCUGCCUGCAAGCGUCUGACAGCAGCCGUGUUCUCGGUGUCUCCUCAGGUGGCCAUAAAAGUCAUCGACAAGAAGAGAGCCAAAAAGGACACCUAUGUCACCAAAAAUCUUCGGCGCGAGGGGCAGAUCCAGCAGAUGAUCCGCCACCCCAACAUCACCCAGCUGCUCGAUAUCUUGGAGACGGAAAACAGCUACUACCUGGUCAUGGAGCUGUGCCCUGGGGGCAACCUGAUGCACAAGAUCUACGAGAAGAAGCGGCUGGAGGAGUCUGAAGCCCGCAGAUACAUCCGGCAGCUCAUCUCCGCGGUGGAGCACCUGCACCGGGCCGGGGUGGUCCACAGAGACUUGAAGAUAGAAAAUUUGCUGCUAGAUGAAGACAAUAAUAUCAAGCUGAUUGACUUCGGUUUGAGCAACUGUGCAGGGAUCCUGGGCCACUCGGACCCGUUCAGCACGCAGUGUGGCAGCCCCGCCUACGCCGCGCCCGAGCUGCUCGCCAGGAAGAAAUACGGCCCCAAAAUCGACGUCUGGUCCAUAGGCGUGAACAUGUACGCCAUGCUCACCGGGACCCUGCCGUUCACCGUGGAGCCUUUCAGCCUGAGGGCUUUGUACCAGAAGAUGGUGGACAAAGAGAUGAACCCCCUCCCCACCCAGCUCUCCACAGGAGCCAUCACCUUCCUGCGCUCGCUGCUGGAGCCCGACCCCGUGAAGAGGCCCAACAUCCAGCAGGCGCUGGCGAACCGCUGGCUCAACGAGAACUACGUGGGCAAAGUGCCGUGCGCCGUCACCUACCCCAACAGGAUCUCGCUGGCGGACCUGAGCCCGAGCGUGGUGCUGCACAUGACCGAGAAGCUCGGCUACAGGAACAGCGACGUGAUCAACACGGUGCUGGCCAACCGCGCCUGCCACAUCCUCGCCGUCUACUUCCUCCUGAACAAGAAGCUCGAGCGCUACCUGUCGGGGAAAUCCGACAUCCAGGAUGGCGUCUGCUCCAGGACCCCGCUCUCCCAGGUGGAAAGGUGCAGGCCCAGCAAGGAGCCCUACGAGGCCUCCCUAGACACCUGGACAAGAGACCUGGAAUUUCAUGCUGUGCAGGACAGAAAGCCCAAAGAGCAAGAAAAAAGAGGGGACUUCCUCCACCGGCCCUUUCCCAAGAAGCUGGACAAGAACCUGCCGCCGCACAGACAGCCCUCGGCCUCGCUGGUGGCGCAGAUUCAGAACACGAGGGCCCUGCUGCGGGACCGCAAGGCCACCAAGCCCGGCUUCCCUGACAAAGAUUCCUUCGGCUGCCGCAGUAUUUUCCGCAAAACCUCCGACUCCAGCUGUGUGGCAUCUUCCUCCAUGGAGUUCAUCCCGGUGCCUCCGCCCAGGACCCCUCGGAUCGUGAAGAAGCCGGCGCCCCCUCCGCCGGGCCCGGGCAGCAGCAGCGUCCCCCCCAGGGAGGAGCCCCCGGUGCUGGACAUGGUCCGCUCCUUCGAGUCUGUGGAUCGUGCUGACCCGCUGGACCUGCCGUCUCCAUCCCGCCCCUGCAGGGGGCUCGGCUCCCCCGGGGGCUCGGCCCGUGGGAACCCCGGGGAGCGGGCGCUGUCCCCGGCCCUGCUGCCUGGAAGCCCGUCCCCGCUCCAGCCUCCCGUGCACCCCACCCUGGCCUCCUUUGCUCACGAAGAGAAGCACUGUCCCCACAGAGAGGGGGGGGUGUGUUCCCCUCCCCUGGCUCCCAGCGCGGGCGCCGCCCAGGCCCUGGGGAGCCCGACCUGUGUGAAGAGCCGGGGCAGGUUCCCCAUGAUGGGCAUCGGGCAGAUGCUGAGGAAGCGGCACCAGAGCCUGCAGCCCUCAGCCGACCGGCCGCCGGAGGCCAGCGUGACCCCGCUGCCGCCUGGGGCGCCCGGGAGCCUCCCCUUCGAUGUGGCCGAGGGCCUCAAGGGCCAGUGCUAACCGGGCCGGCGUUGGUUCGGGUCGUUUCCAAGGCCAGCAAUGGGACAGAGCUCCACAGGCCGUCAGGGCGAAGAUUCGGAAGCCUCCUUAGCACCCUCCAGCCAACAGCGUCCCGCGGGGGGCAGGCGAGACCCACAGACCAGCGGCUGCACCGCCCAGCCCUGCGUCCGGACCCCGGAUCCACCGGCAGGGUGCAGCCAGUGACGCUCACUUCUCCCUCCCUCCCUCGGCCGGGCUCGGCGGGGACCCCAUGCAGAGGCCGUGGGGCCGCCCGGAACACGAGUUUCCGGAUCUUUCCCACUGGUCUGCCCCGGCCCCCGAUCCUUCUCCCUGGCAGUCGGUCCCAGCCAUGGGGACUGGUGGCCGUCCAUCAGGCCACGGCUUCUUGUCCUUCGUAGUGGUGAACACCGGGAGUGCCAGCCCGGGAGCUUCGCAGGAAGACGGGCAGGAGCCUCGGCCACCGCGCUGGCCCCUCUGACCGGAAAGGGACAGCUGGACAAAGACUGAGCCCAACGGGGGGGACCCGGUGAAAGGAAAAGACCGAAGGGGGCCCCCCAUUUCUGAGGCAAGAUUUUCCCUUUUUUUGCAACUGGUUCCACCAAACUCAUGUUUCCACGAGAGGAUAAGCGUGGAGGGCGUGCAAGCUCACCCAGGCGACCUGUAGUAGCUGGUGACCUGCAGGACGGGCAUGACCCCAGCCGGCCCUGCGUUCAUGCCAUUGUCCCGACGUGGCCCGAGUCCUUCCCGAAGGCGUAGGUCAUUUCCGUUGGUAAUUUAGAAGGAGAAUGUGGUUGAGGUCGAAUUUGGAUCGUCCGGAAGGCACGUUACCUCCGAGCAGGGCGGCUCCACGCGUGCUGAGAGCCGAGCCGUUUGCUGUGCGCAGGCGCCGCGAGCAGCUUGCCUGGCGGAUCCCGUGCCCGGGUCAGCGCUGCGUCUUCUCUGGGACUCAGGCGGCUCCGAGCCCCUGCUCUGUGUUCACACCUGUGCUAAGGAUCGAACCAAAGAUGCAUCUCGGCUCUGUGUCCGGCCCCUGCGUGUGCGUCUCGUGGACCCCGGUGUUGUCUGACCGUGUCCAGCUGGAGCCUGCCCGGGGCCGUGUCCACGUGGAGCCUGGGACUGGUGCUUGGGGGCCCCUCGGGCAUGAGCGGCAUUGGAAGCAGCAGCGUUGGCCCAGGUUGGAGAGCGGUUAAUUCAGGAGACAGAUUAUACAACGGCCCAGAGUCUUCAUCUGCUGACUCAUGCAGGAGUGACAGAGGCCACCGAGGUGGCCAAGCCAGGACGCGUCCUCUCAGCCCCCCGGACCCGGCCGUGGCCCUUGAGAACUGCAACGUCUGCGCUCGUCUGCGUGGCCAGAUGGUGCCAGAGGGAGGGAGCCGCUCGCCUUGGCUCAGCCACCGGUGGUGACCUCGUCUGCCCCACGUCUCCGCCCGAGCGAGGAGAGGGGGGCAUUUGCUGAGCCCUGAGGCCCCUGCGGUGCCGGGACUCGGUUGACCUGGAUGCGACCCGCGGCUGCUGCUCCCGGCUCGGCGGGGCCGCCCCGGCCCCCAGGCUUGCCGGGAGGGCGUCCGCUCCCGGC